AGGCCCCCCGCGGCCGCUGUACUGUGCUUUGUUUCGCUGCCGUGGCAGGCGCGCUUGCCACUGGUUAUCAACAGUAGGGCACCAGUAACUCCGCUAUCACGGGCUCUGUACGCCUCCGAGUACAUUCUUUCUUGGUUGUACUCUUUCUGUGAUCUAAAUUUUGUUAAGUUGUAGUUUUCUUCUGCGAACAAUGCUGACAGAGCUUUUCCGAGUCAAAAGUGUUCAUGUACAGCAUAUAACGUUCGUUGUACUAUUUGAUACCAUGUAGCUUUUAAGAAAUGUGUGUGUAUAAAUGGCUUAGGUUAGGUUAGAUUCUAUCGCACCUAUGAUGAUACUGGUGUCUCGGUGUAUUCUGAUAUUGUGCUGGAGGACGAAAUGUUACUGUGGAAAUGAGUGGGUGCUACCAACGCCUUUUGUGUGGAGUCGGUGCUUGAUCGAGCGCUCAGCAAUUCUCGAUGCGCAAGUGGCUGUUUGUUGAUCGAGUUACAUUACAGUCUCAGUGCCCUCAAAUCCUAUCUAUUUAACCCGUUAGUCCUCAGUGAAAACCAUUAAGCGAAAAUCAGUCGUAGGAGGGGAUGACAUGACCCUUGAGGCCUUAGAGUUUUGCUAGAGUGGAUGCUGACUCAAAAAGGUUCUUACGAAAAAGUAAAUCAUAAAGCUCCACUAUAAUUUCCCUGCCAUUACAGCGAUAAGAUGGUUUCGGCGUUAAUCUCCCGCCUGGUCGUGCUCUUCGUCGGCACGUUGUACCCAGCGUACGGAUCUUAUAAGGCCAUACGAAGCAAAAAUCCUCGGGAGUAUGUCAAUUGGAUUAUGUACUGGAUCUGCUUUGCCCUAUUCACAUUUUUCGAAACGUUCUCCGACAUCUUUCUCGCGUUCUGCGUACCGUUCUACUAUGAGCUGAAGAUCAUAUUCCUCGCGUGGCUGCUUUGUCCGGCGACAAAAGGUUCAUCGAUACUCUAUCGCAACUUUGUACAUCCGCGCCUAGUUCGUCACGAGCAAGACAUAGACGACAUGAUCUCAACAGCGAAAGAAAAUGGUGUCACAGCCAUUUGUCAGCUCGGUUCACGAGGGGCACAGUACGCCUCGCAGCUACUAGCAUCGACGGCCAUCAGAGGACAGCAGGUGUUACUUCAGCAGCUCCAACGUUCAUAUAGCCAUGGCGAUAUAAGAGGCAGUCUACCUGCAAUCCUUUCUUCUGUACCUAACGGGCCGACAGGACCCCCAUCUUUAGUCGGCGGGUCAGACAGCCUUAAUAACAAUGAUAAACAUGAAGUUCGACGGCGAGUCCCAGGCAGUCAAACGACACAUGGAGCAUCCCGGCGACAAGUUGUCAGCGAGUCACUUCCAUUUUCUGAUGAAGAAGACGAUGAUCUGUUCAUGAUCGACGAAGAACCGAUUUCGCUUCAAGAAAUGCAGGAAAUAGCAGGAGGCGCGAACCAUAGAGAUGAGCCAGGGUCAUCAGGCAUAGGCGGUAAUACUUCCAAGGAUGAGCCACCCAAAUUACCAGCCAAAAAGCGAGACGGGAACCAUCUAGGCUAUACCGUCGAGAUGGCGAGUGAUGAUAGCAGUGACGAAACAGAGGACAGUUCCACGGAUCAGACCAGUCAAGAUGAGGAGAUGGACGACGAUUCUGGUGGCUUCGUAAACGAUAAUUUUUUUCGCGGGGUUACUCGCCGCCGUGGCCAAGAUGACGUAGACUGGAAGCCGUUUCCCAUGGUUCCCGAGAGAGAAGUAAAGAGACAUAAGAGAAUAGUAGCUGGAGAAUCUUCAAUUACUACACGGGCAGCCGCCAAAGCCUCGAGAGAUUGUCGGAAAUAGAAACGUAAUUGGACGACACCCUUGGACGGAACAGUAAAUCUUCGUAAGCAGGCACCUGUACAAUGUAAAGUAGUGUGAGAAAGAGCUGGUUCAACGAAACAGAAUCGGAUCCGACGAGAAGGUGGACAGCCGCUGUGAAUAUAAAGUGGAUAAGCAAUGUGGAUUACCUUACAUGACCAUGAUAGGUAUAUUUUUUUCUGAGAAGCUUUCAGACGACCUGAGGCUACAUAUGACAGUAGUUUGGGAGGUAACAGAAUCAUAUUUCGGACAGUGAACUUUUUUCAGAACGCUCUGUGAUUAAAAAACAGACUUAAAUCUUCAAUAAAACUACUUCAUGAAAUACAUUCAUUACUGCCUUUCUCUGUCGUUAUACCCGCUAAAGCAAAGCAUACUUGGUGCAACAGAUUUAUGAAAUUUUUUUCCUUAAGUGCUUUUUACAGUGAGUGUAUUUGCAAGUGAGGGUAUAUGCACGAGCAAAUAUGACAUCCGUCCGAAUGUUAUUUUAGUUUAGACGACUGCAACCAAUACAUUAUAUCAUUGGACUAUUCAACAAUUUUAAGGACGCAAUAGUAUAUUUAUCAUCAGUUUACCUGAUUUCUGAUGAAUACCUGACAGCUGGUGUGAUAUGGAAGGAGCGAGAUUAAACGUUUCCUCUUUUUACGGGAAAUUUACUCAAGCUUGUCUAUCCCGAGAUACUUUUAAAGGGAUCGUCAUCGUCUGAAUUAUUAAUGCAACGUCAGUAGAAAUAGAAGGAUUUCUAAGAUGUCAAACGUAACAACUUUGUCUAAGUUUUGAGGUAAUAACUUAUUCGAAUAUCGCAUGCAGUUUGUUGAUUCGCUCGUUAAAGAUUCGUUCAUUGUUUUAUCCGGCAAUGCCAUAAACAAAAUUUGAGACCUAUACAUAUUUUUGUGUUAAUAAUACGGCUGUAUGUGUUGUGCACUAAGGUAACUAACGUGAUGCGGCUGCACGCCGUUGAACUGGGAGCAGUGGUAGCGUGUUAUGCAGUACUUAGUAUGAAGUCGUUCGAGAGAUGGUGUUGCACGGCGAUUUUAAUGAGAGUAAUGCUACAACGCUCACUGAUUCUGGAGUGCCAUAGCGGCCCACAAAGUGCAUGCGAAACAUACUGAGGUGAAGCGUCGAAAACCGAUGGCUCAUUCAUCGAGCAAAAGAAGUUCGUCAAAGCUCGACGCAUCUUUGCAUUACGAUAUAGACUAAUACAGAAUUCAGUCUGACAAAAAAGCAGACUGCGUUUGCUGCACCACUGAUAGAAAGGCAGGAAAGAAGAAAAUACAAGAUAUGUACAAAUACAUAUUUUAAUGCGAUUUAAUCGACGGAGGAGUAUUUUGCGAUUUUAAUGAUCUGAUAUAUAUAUAUAUAUACAUACGGUAGCUAUAGUACACGUACGACAUAAGUGCCUCUAUAGAAUUUCGUUUGUACUGAACAUGUAUACAUGUGAAUUCAUAUUAAAGAAAUGGAAUGAGUCUAUUGAAUUGUAAUGUGAGGAUAAAAAAAACAACGUAUGAAGAGUAUAUCUACAAAAACGCGUAUUGUUAUUUAUUUGUAUAAUAGGACGCAAGCUUCUUUAUAUGUAAUUUUUAUGCGCAAAAUUUUUCAUUAGAUGAGCAAAGUCGCAUAGAUCAAACGAUUGUAUUAUUAGGACGGCGAAAAUUUUCACUGAAUAAAGUUUGAGAACCUAUCCGCCAUCCAAACACAAGUAUA